UGACAGCGCGCCAGCAACGAAAUAAACAAAGCUAAACUUCGUAAAGUCCCUAAAAUUUAUCAUUUUUAUACAUUUUUAACUUAAAUUACUCGAAAAAUUUACUCACCACUCGAUCAACAAGCAAACGAAGCAGUAUUACUCCUAAAAAAUCAUCAUGGUUGAACGAAUUGAAGACCUUAACUUGCCAAAUGCAGUCGUAACUCGUCUCAUGAAGGAAGCCCUUCCCGAUGGCAUUUCCAUAUCAAAAGAGGCCCGAUCCGCACUCACUCGAGCCGCUUCCGUGUAUAUUUUGUAUCUGACAACAGCAGCAAGCACCGCAGCCAAAGACAAAAAUCUGAAAACACUGAAUGCGAAUCACGUCUUUGAGGCAUUGGAGGAAAUUGAGUUUGAAAAUUACGUUGAUCCGUUGAAAGCGUUUCUAGAAACUUACCGAUCCAGUCAGAAGGAAAAACGUGAAAGCAAAGGCACGCCAGCAGUGAAAAGUCCUUCGAAAAAAGACUCGAGCAAGGAAACGAAUGACGACGAAGUUCAAUUAGUCGACGAGUGAUAAAAAAAAUUAAAUAAAAAUCCAUUUUUUGCUACUGUUGAAUAAUGCGAUAUCUUCUCUGUAUUUAUUUUCAUUAUUUUUUGUGUUUUUUUCUAAUUAUUACUUGUUCAUGUCCAUUUUUUUUCGUUUUUUUGCAUCAAACCACAAUUUCCAUAGUUCCAAUUUUUUU